AGGGGAAGGGAGGACUCAGCAGCAGCCAAUACGGGAAUCGUCCCGUAAAAGAAGGUCACACGCUGAUUGUUUAUUGGCAAUCUGCCAAGAGUGUGUGUGCGUCUGUAUGUGUGUGUGUGUGUGUGUGUGUGCGCGCGUGUAUGUGUGUGUCGGUGUGUGUGCGCGUGUGUUUACUGGAAGAACCUCAGAACUGAGGAGGUGGAGCCUUACGAAUAUCAGCUCUACUAGUUGGCCACCUUAACACAGCCCGUUUGCUGGAGGAGAUAUAGAAAGAAAGCGAGGACGCCGACGGCUUUGCAGACAAUAACCACUAAUUAUUUCGUCGGCAAGAAGAAGCGUCGUUAAUGACCAGGUUAAGAAAUGAUUUAACGCGAAGACAUUUGGGGACCGUGGAUAUUUUCUGCCCCCUGAGAGGAACGCUGGAGCCUGGGACAGGAAAGAUCUCCAAGCUGUCUGCGGUGGGAGGUCUGUCUGUGGUCUUCUCUGGACUUCUCCUCAGUGUCGUCGCACUGGGAAAAGCGUGUCUUCCCCACCUCCCUUGCGCCCUCCCCCCCUCUUCCCUGCCUCCCUCACAUCCUCUCCCCACACCCCUCACACCCUCCCCCACCCUCCUCCCUCAAGUCCUCUCGCCUCUUCACCCACUCCUGCACGCCUUUGUCCUCCUCUUACCCUUUCCCCACAAUUCGCACUCUCCCCUUUCCUUCCUCCCCCCUCCUCUCCUUCCCCUCCUCCCUGCUCUGGACCCCCCACCCCUCGGUCCGCGAGCCGAGCGGGGGGGUCAGGGCGCCAUGGUAACCCACAGCAGGCGCAACCCCCCCGCCAUGAGCAGCGUACCCCCCCCAGGGGCCAGAGGUCAGGGGUCAGAGAUGCCUCCCCAACGCUACAAACCCUUCAGCUCACACGCACACUACCAACAGGUUCUGUGCGCUGUGCGUAAGCUCCAGGAGAGUGGCUUCUACUGGGGUGCCGUGGGUGGUCGUGAGGCCAGCUCCCUGCUCCGCUCCCAGCCGCCCGGUACCUUCCUGGUUCGAGACUCCUCCGACCACCAUUACUUCUUCACUCUAUCGGUCCAGACAGCCUGCGGGACCAAGAACCUCCGCAUCCACAGCCAGGGGGAGAGUUUUUACCUGCAGCCUGACCCGCAGUGCUCACACACGCCUCCGCGCUUCGACUGCGUGCUCAAACUGAUCGGACACUACAUGGGGAAGGAGGGCGGCGGCGGCGGAGGAGGAGGAGAGGUGGGGGGGAGCGCGGCGGAGGGGGACCCCGUGGGGCCCGGGAGUGUGUAUCUGAUCCACUCGGGGGGAGAGAAGGUUCCGCUGGAGCUGCGUCGGCCCCUCCCCUCCUCAUUGUCCUCCCUGCAGCACCUCUGUAGGAGGACCCUGAACGGACACCCCCGCGACACACACCAGCUUCCUCACACAGUCAGAGACUUCCUGGAGGAGUAUGAUGCCCCCAUCUGACCCACACACACACACACACACCUCGUCACCACUAGGAGACUUUAAGAGUGCAAGAUGAUCCUAAGUUGAUGCCAUUGCUUUAGUUAACUAUGGAUACCCCUCCUCUCCUGGGCAGACAGACGGGCAGUUGGGAGUCAGGAUGAAGCUGGGCUGGGUGGGGGGUCAAAUGUUUUUUCCCUGUCAACCGGUGAUCAAUUCUCCCAGCAGGCGCUGUGAUCUGGCAGUGAGGAAGAUUAACCAGAAAAUGCACAGAGUGAAUGGGCACACACAAGCAAAUACACACACACAUACACACACACACACACACACGUGCUGUUGUCUGUGGUUUGUUUUGCCUUGGCUGAGGUACAGCUGUCUCCCUCUGUGAGUAGAAGUGUUCCUGUCUUCCGCUUUUUCCUGCCUGACAUGUAAAAUGGGUUCACUGGACUAAGAGAGGCAGCGAGGGAAAGAAAGAGCUGAGGGGGGGACGGGUGAGAGGCAUAGUUAGAGAGAAGGAGAAAGAGGUGAGGGGGGACAGGGGGAGCCAUAGUUAGAAAGGAGAAAGAGCUGAGGGAGGAAUGGGGAGGGGUGUAGUCAGCAAGAAGGAGAAAGAGGGCGGGGACUGGGGAGAACUGCAUUGCAUUAGAACCCAGGGGCCCAGGACAGAGAGGACAUGUUUGUGUACAUUGUAACGUCCACAUUUCCACUGCUGCCUGCCAACUAGCAUUGCCUCAUAGGAGGGUGUGGGGGAACCAGGGCUGACCACAGCCACAGGCUUCAUACAGCACACGCGCGCACACACUGAAGUUAGCCUAGAUAUAGCUUCACUGCAGCUCUUCUGUUAGACCGUGAUGGAGGUGUCUCUGUCUCCCCCUCUAGCUGGGACUCUGAAGACUGCGCCACUGAAAUGUGAAGGUAAUUUCGAUUUAGCCGGGAACAGCAGAAUGUGAAAGCAGUCUCCCCUAGUGCAGGGACAUUGCCCUUAAAAUUCUUAUCACGCUGUUAGGCCUAUAGACUAAAAGCAGGAUUUAGUCUCUCUCUGACCCCCGCCCCCCCCAACAUAUCUUUCAGUUUCUCUCUGCCCCCCCACCCCACCAUCCGCAACAUCUUUUUGAGAACAGGAGUUGUGACAGUGAGUCUGAGCAGGACGUUGUUAGUCAGACAAAAGUUCUGGCCGCGGACCAAAGCUAACAGUAGAUCUUAUUAUCUAUGACAGACGGGCACAAACAACAUUGGGUGUCCCGAGUGCGCCCUUUUCCCUGUUGCAUUUCAAACACAGUGCCCUGUGUAGAAUUCAGGGUGCUGGUUGGGGCUCUAGAAAAAAACAGCAACUGAAGCUUAAAGUAGUCUGCAGUCAGUCGCUAGCGGUGGAGGUGGUGGGAUGAGUCCGGCUGAGGGGGGAUGAGGGGGGAGAGACAUGGUGGGGAUGAGCCGGGGGAGGUUAGAGGUUGUCUCGGUGAAAACAAUGACAAACCCAUACUUUGAUGGGGAUGAUGAUGAUGAUGAUGAUGAUGAUGAUGCUUCAGCUGAAUCCACAUCUUUCUGCUAGGAUCCUCGGUAGGAGAGCAGCCUUCUUCAUUUGUAUCAUAUACUAUUGUCUUAUCGGCAUAAUGUGUGGCACCAGCCCGUCUGUGUGUCAGAAGUACUCGUCUUUUAUAAAGACAGCUCAUACCCUUGUCACUAGGCUGGUAGACAGUGCUCAACCAUCUGGAACUGAACAAAACACAUUACAAAACAGAAAUGGAAACAGGAACUUUGCACAUAUUUAUAUUUCUAAGGUAUUUCAAUAAUUUAUAUUAAAGAGCACUAUUUUUACAAAAUGGAAAUAA